CGGUCGGAUCAUUAGGGGAUGCACACACCGCUUACCACGCCCAAUCGGGGGGUCGACGCAAUGAAAAGAACAUGAUUUCGGAGGUCUGGAUCCGCCCUCGAGCAAACACCAGCGCCUCAAGCCGCCGGAGAGGCUCCCCGCCGAGCGAAGGGCGGUCUCGCCGCGGCCACGGCUUGCAGGGCCGCGGCCGCAGCUGCCGCGUGGGGAGGCAGCGCCAUGGAGGCCGCCGGCAGGCCCAGCGAGGGCGACCCCGCCGCGGCGACCGGCAGGGCCGAGGCUGCCGCCAUGGAGGCCGCCAUGCUCCCCGCCGGCUGGCCCGCGCCCCUGGAGAUCGAGCCCGGGACGCCGCCGGCGGAGCCCGACGGUGGGACCGCGCGCGCCGCGCUGCCCGCCGCCGCGCUGCUGGUGGCCGUGGUCGCCCUGUGCGCGACGUCCGAGGAGGUGGGCCGGCGGUGCACGGCAGGGAGGGUCGCAGCCAGAGGGUCCUCGGCAGGCUGCGUCGAGUGGCGGUGCGUGUGGAACCCAGCCGGGUGCAGCCUCGAAGCGAGCUGUGUGUGGGUGCACUACGUGGAGAUGGCGUGGCGGCAGACGGCGCUGUGGUCGCCACUGGUGGCCCUGCCGUACGCGGCGCUGGCGGUCUGGUGCGUGUGGCGCCGCGGCAGCUUCCGGGCGGACCUGCCGUUACACCAGUGGACGCAGCGCUACGGGGUCGGUGCGUGCGUCCUGGCAGCCCUGUACGCCUCGCUCCCGUGGUACGAGGGGUGCCCCCUCUCCAACAAGAAGGGCACCUUCCUCGACGCGCCGCUCCUGGUGUCUCAGUGCGUGCUCAUGGUCUUUUCGCAGAUCCAGCUCGCGUACAAGCUCGAUGACCUCGACUGUCGGCGGCUGGGCCGGGCCGUCCGCCUGACCGCGGUCGCGGCCGUCAUGGUGAUCUUUCUGUCAUUUGCGGUUCUGCUGCCAGCAGUGUACCUGGGGGUAAGCGACGACGCGAUUGACAACAUAACCAUCUUAGGGCUGAGGCCCAGCACGAUCUGCGGCCUCUGGGGCAUGGUGGGCGCCGCCGGGCGCGUGGCGCUCUCCGGGGCGGGCCUGCGACGGCGCGCGGCCUGCUUUGUGCUGCUGACGGCCGCGUGCCUUGCGCUCUCGCUCGGCAGCAUGCUCGCCGUGGUAUACACCGGCGUGGCUGUCUCGAGCACUUAUCGAGGGGGCCUGAGGGCCCUCCAGCUCGUGCCUCGCGGCACGUUGGCGGGUUUUACGCACUGGGUCUCGGCCGCCGACGCGCUGCUCAACUGCCUCACCGCGGCAGCCUUCUCGGGCCUGGCCGGUCCGCGGUCGCUGCAGGUGCUGGCGCUGGACGCCUUCUCGGUGUUCUACGAGAAGUACCUCGAGUACCUCUCGAAGGUGCCAGGCUACCAGGCGAUCGUCGGCAGCAGUGGCUUCCCGCUUCUGCGGGACGGGCCGAAGCACAGGUUCGUGCUGUCGCACCCGUGGCUGUCGAGCGAGCACCCGGACCCCACGGGGGCGAAAUUGAGGCUGCUCGUGAACCAGCUCGACAUGCUUCAGGCCUCCGACGCCGACGCGGUCUUUAUCCUGCUGCCUGCGCUUGCCCCAGCACGACAAGCAGAACCCGGAGCUGCAGCGGCUGGAGCGGGAGCAACGGAUGCCAGAGCCCGGCCGGCACCCGGCAGUCCGUACGGUGGCAGAGGAGGCCCAGUUCAAGGAGGCGCUCUCGUCCAUGGAGGAGAUAUACAGCGUUGGCAGGACACCGGUCAUUGUGCUGCCGAUGGAGGACCUCGUCGAGACUGGCAGGGAGUACAUCUCCAGGGGCUGGUGCUUUCUUGAGUUCUGCCUGGCCAUGAGUUUCGACAACAUCGCGAAUGCCGAGGUCCACGAGCCUGUAAGGCGCUUGAUCGGUGAUGUCAAGAAUAUGAAGGGCGACACAGUUCAUGGCUUCCGGGAGGCAUUCAAGACUACACAUUUCACCAGCAAAGGCGAUGCCGAUGUCGUCCUCCGGUUGUUCGAGAAUACGCUGAGCUUAGGGUCUACCCGAUAAAGUCCCGCGUUCGGUUGCCACUGCAUUUUUGAUUGCGAGCCCAUCGGUCGCCUUAGCCGGAACAGUGCAGAAAAAAACGUAACGGAGACGCAGCAAUGUUUGGGCGUAGUGUAGCCCGCUCGACCGCUGUGUGGCUGCCGUCGGACCGGCGAGGCUUGAGCCUUGGCAAGCAGCUGGCACAGCUUUAGCUCGACGCGCGGCGUUUGGGUUCCGAUUGGACGGCGCAGGCCAGGAAGGCGGCUAAGGCGAUGGGCAGAUUGAACUACGUCAUCAUUCAUCACGCGGCUUGUCUCGAUGAGUGCAUUGUGUGUUUUGCCAUGCUCUGCGAGCAGCGCGUGUGAGAAGCGGGCAGUGUGCUGGCAUCCCUACAGGGACGGAGACUUCCCGCAUGCCACUCGCCUCGCCGCGCCUCCCUCUUCGACAUGGAUAAGGGCAAACGCAGGAAAAGGCAGGAGAAAUUCCCGCUGCAGGGCUUUCAGAUACGAUGGCUCAGGAUGGACAACGAGAUACGACCCGAAUGGUAAGAGAGACUGGGAGACCAUACGACAGCUGGCACAAAACGUUAUGAAGGAGAUUGGGAUCAACAUUAGUACAUCAAGGACUCCGUAAACAAGCGCUGACAGAGAGGGACAGUCAGGCAGCUAACCUGGCUCCUAUGGCGCGUCAUCAUUAUCGGCA